AUGAGAAAUACAGUGCUUUCUGGCUCUAACAUCAUUGCCUUCAGUAUCAAGGCUGCCUGGAGAAAGGAUGGCAGCUUCAGGGCUUCCUUAUGUUCUCCACCACAAGAGCUCCUUGAUGAAGGCCAUCUUUUUCCCCUAUCCUGCUCUCCCCUCCCGGCUCCUAACGGUACGUGGGUACCCAGGCUGGUUCUUGGGCUAGGUAGUGGGGACCAAGUUCAUUACCUCCCGAUCAGUUCUAGCAUAGUAAACUAUGGUACCAGUGUUAGUGGGAAGAGCUGGAUUUUCCUGGUAUACCCACUGCAUCCUACUCCUAUCUGGUCAACACGCUGCUUCCAGGAAGUCCAGCUCCUUAAACUGAUGCUAGUCAAUAAACCUGGGCAAGUGAGGCGAGAGAAAUGAGAAAGAAUCCAUCUGUGAGGUGACAGGCAAGGAUGAAAGAGAAGGAAGGAGAAGAGUAUCAAAAGCAGAGAGGAGAUCAUUUAGUUGGGUCUGAAAGGAAAAGCCUUUGCUAUCUGACAUGUAUUGCUAGUACCUGUAAGCAUUUUAGGUCCCAUAAUGGAAAAAAAAAAAAUCAGCUAUUGGUAGUAUAAUAAUGUCCUCUGCCUGGAAUCAGUUUUUUAAAAAAGUUAACUCUUAGUUUUUACUUGUUUAAUUCUAAAAGAGAAGGGAGCUGAGGCCAUUCCCUGUAGGAGUAAAGAUAAAAGGACAGGAAAAGAUUCAAAGCUCUAACAGAGUCACAGCUUUCCCAGGUAUAAAACCUAAAAUUAAGAAGUACGACAAGCAGAGGUGGAAAAUGAUCUAGUUCCUGAUAGCUACCCAUAGAGCAAGUAAUUUAUAAAUUUGAAAUCCAAACUGUUUUCUUAAUAUCACUUUGGUCUCCAUUGUUCCCAGGACAGGAAAUAUGUCCCCCAUAACUUUCUUGCUUCAGAAAUUAAAAUCCAGCAUCCCAAUAUCAUUCUGCAAGUAAUUUUGCACAGACAUCUCCUCACCCCAGUGCCUGUCUGGAGCUCACCCAAGGUCACCAAACAACUUGGUUGUGAACCAACUGCCUUAACCUUCAGGGGGAGGGGGAUUAGCUAGACUAGGAGACCAGAAGUGAAUGGAAAAGGGUGAGGACUUCACAAUGUUGGCUGGUCAAAGCUUGAUUAGAAGCUAAGCCAGUGGCAGCAAAGGAAGGCUUGGCCCAGGAAAAACCUGUGGGUUGUGCUAAUUUCUAUCCAGAAAAUAGACUGGACAGAAGCUUGUGGGGUGCAUGGAGGAACUGGGACCUGGUUAUGUUGUUAUUCUCGGACUGUGAAUUUUGGUGAUGUAAAACAGAAUAUUCUGUAAACCUAACGUCUGUAUAAAUAAUGAGCGUUAACACAGUAAAAUAUUCAAUAAGAA